AUGGAUACUGAGACCUUGUCGGAUCACAAUUAUAUUAUGUUCGAAUAUGGUGAAUCUCCAGUACUCCCUAGUCGAACACCACUAGGGUGGAAUUCGAGAAAGAUGGAUUUGGACAGGUUUCAGGCCUCUUUGUCUUGGAGAUGUGCAACAUGUCACUUGUCGUUGGAAGACAACACAGCUGAGGAAUUCGCGGAUUGGAUUGCCACAACAAUGCGCGAUGCGGCAGAUUGCAGUACACCUAGAUUGGUAAGACAACUGGUUAAAAGAUCUGCAUACUGGUGGUGUGACGACAUCAAGAACUUACGAUCGGAGGCUAUUGCUAAUAGACGCAGAUGGCGUCGAGCUAUUGGUAAGCUUGCGCGUGGCACUAUAGAUCAACUGGAAGUAGAUAGAUGUCAGCGUUCUUAUCGGCUAGCAAAGAAGAAACUGCGGAUAGCAAUUGUUGCCGCAAAAGCCCGUGCAUGGGGAGAGCUGCUUGGUCUUAUUGAUGAGGAUCCUUGGGGCCUCCCGUACAAGUUGGUCUUGGGCCGACUGAGAUUAGCAACUCCUGCGCUAACGGAAACUUUGGACCCACCAGUAGUACAGGCGUUAAUCGAUGGCCUUUUUCCAAAUGGAAUGGAAACUGAUCCGCGUGCAAUCUGGUCUGUCCCCUUCUGGGACGAUCAAUGUAUAGUUGAUGCUGCGGAGGUACAUCGGGCUAUCAAGGAUAGUGCUCAUAACUCGGCGCCGGGAGUGGAUGGUAUUCCCUUAAGUGUACUAAAAUUGGCUCCCUUGGAGAUGAUAGAGAAAGUCGCGGAAUGCUUUAGAUCCGGCACUUUUCUGAGAAGAUGGAAACGAGCUAGACUCGUGUUGAUCCCAAAGGGGGUUGCUCCUGAGGGAGAAUUACCCAAGGUAAGGCCAAUUUGCCUACUUAUGGAUAUUGCCAAAUUGUUGGAGCGGAUCAUCGCUUAUAGAAUAAACGCCUGGAUGGCGGAAUCCGAGGACGCUGCCCUAUCCGGAGAUCAGUACGGCUUUGUAGCUGGCAAAUCUACAUGCGACGCCUUAAUGAGGUUAAAAAGCACUGCGGAAAUGGCUUUUCGAGAGGAUGGUGUUGUUUUGGCCAUCAGUCUCGAUAUUUAA